CAGGAUAUGUCGAUAGUCGGUCCAGCAGCCUCCGCAGCAUCAUUCGCUGCAAAUUCAAACUAUUUGCCGGUUCUUUAGGCCCGACCUAAAAGCAAAUACCGUUAAAAAUCGAGACAUAGAAAAACUGAUAAAAUGGCAUCAAAAGUACUUGGAUUGACAGUGACUGUAUUCUUGAUUCUGGGAGCCGCUUCGGCGAAAAUUCGUUAUCCUGGUCACCGACGUAGUAUUCGAAUUGUGUCCGAUCCUACUUUAUACGAACUCUUCCAGUCUAGGGAUAGCAAAGAUGUUAGUCAGAUAGAGAUACCUAACGAGCCUGAAGAGGUGUCCGGGGAACUCGAAUAUGCUCCUGAAGAUGACCAGGGAUAUAAGGAUGCAAUUAAGGAUGAGGACUACUCUUCGGUCCAGAAUCGUUCGUCAGAAAAGGAUCAGGAAACGCCUGAAAGUGUGGAAGACCAGAGUAUCGUGAAGAGGUACCGUUUAGCUGAAAAGAAGAAGAGAUCCGAGAAAUCGAGCAACGAAGACAAAGCCGCCCCGAAAAAAAGGAAGCAUUCGAUACCCUGGAAGAAGUACCGAGGAGAGGUGUCGAAGUAUCACUAUGGUCCUUGUGCAAUUGGAUACAGACUGGAUAGCCGUGGCCGCUGCCGUCAGAUUCUUUGAAAGUAAAACCACGGUAAUGAGUACUUAUUUCAUCCGAGCAAUAUAUCCGAAGGAUGUGCGGAGCAGUGUGUGAAAAGUCCCAAUAAAGAUAACCACUUAGUAUUCCGACAAUUAGACUUACACUUAUGUCCAUACUACUUUAAAUAUUUCAUUAGUAUAUUUAUCGUUACCAGAAAAGUGUUUUACCUCUUAUAAAGUACAUACAAGAAAUAUGUUCUACAUGUUUUUUCUUUUAUUAAAGAGGACAUGCAUUUCGAGCAACUGGCCCCAUUUUUAAUAAAAGGAAAGUUAUUUUAA